AGGCGAAACUACUGAGCGAGCGUGCACGUUGUUUAUAGAUUUUUAGUCGAAUUUCGUUAUUUCACGUUUAAAGUACGUACGUGCGGAUACGGAUACGGAUACGGAUGAGUGUUGCGAGUGCGUAAUAUCGGCAAUCGAAAUAAGCGUGUGCCGCGUGGAAAUACGUAUAUCCCAACAUAAAUAAAUCAAAAAUCUGUUUAUUUUUUAAAACGUCAUUCAGUGAUAUUUGUUCGCUAAACGGUGCUUUAUCAAAGUUAGACUGAGUUUAAAACAAAACAAGAAAUAAUUUUAAAUUAAAUAAAAAAAAUUGUGUAAUAUAAGGGAUAUUUUGGAUAGUCCCCCUUAAAGCCAAGUCCUAAUCCAUUUCCGGAAACAUCUGUCAGGCGAAUCGAAUCCAUAUACCAGUACAUAUAUCAUACACGUACGUGCCUCAUCAUAAAACGCGCCCUCAUCGAGGCAUUCAAGCGAAACCACAAACCAAAAACGGCCAAGCCAAAGAAAUAAAAUACGUACACAAAAAAAAAAAUAAAUAUAAAAUAAAUCAACAAGAUAUCUAUACACAAGAAAAGAAAGUAAUUCCAUCAGUCAAAUGUGUAAAUUCUGCUUAUAUAUUCCGUGUAUUUCGUAUAUCCCAAUAAAAGAAACCAAAUAAUAGCCAUUAUAAUGUGCAAAAUAUACAGACUCGAAUUCGCGAAACAAAAAUAAAUAUUAAAUCCAGCUGGGGCAGUUAAAAUACUUAAUGAAUUUAUUGCACAAUUAAAGCGAAGCCAACUAAUAACAGCAACAAAUUAAUAUGCCGCUGGCGUGAAAGUCACAACUCGACGCAUGAAAAAUUCCCCCCUCAUUGAAUAAUAAAUGAAAUCAAAUUACAAACAAAGCCCGGCCAGCAAUAACGAUUGCAAAUUGAGAAAAAAAUAAAAGAAUAAAUAAUAAAUAAUAAUAAUCAUAAAUAAGUACACAUCAACAGCAAGAGACGCGAACGUGGACGGCUUAAUCAGCGAAAAGUCAGCGGAGCGAGCUUAGGCGGUUGGAAAAUAUUGCAGGCCAGGCGCAGGCGCAGGCGCCGCUUUUCACACGAGUUGGCAGCACACGCCACAUAAAUUGGCAUUUACCGUUAAGCGCGUUCAGGCCAACAAUAAUACCAACCAACCAACAACAACAACCGAAACAACAACUCAACACCUCCACCGAAUCACCAAAGAAAAGCCGUCAAAGUGGAUUUAACAAAUUAUAAUAAAAUGCUGCAAUCCAGCAAUCAUCAUUAUUUAAGGCCGGAUUAUAUGACAGCCGCAGCAGCCCCAACAGCGCUGGACAACAAAAGCAGCCCGUUGGCGCUAUUGGCCCAAACAUGCAGCGCCAUCGGGGCGGAUACCACAAAUCCCAAGCUGCUGGCGGCGAACAUCGAGAAGUCGACGAAGCAACUGCAGCACCAGUCCAACAAGGCGGCCGGAGGAUUCGGCCUCGGCCAGUUAUCUUCAGAUGGUGGCGGUGCACGCGAUAAAUCCUCACCGGUUAGCAGUCAUUCAUCCAGCGUCAGCACCGGCUCCGUGGAGCAGCAGCAGUCCCUGCCCCCCGCCCAUAGCAGCAAGCCGAUUCCGACUACCUUUAAGCCCUACGAGCCCAACAACAAUAUCACCACAGCUGUCGACUGCGGCGCCACAAAUCUCACCAGCAGCAGCAACAGCAACAGCAGCAGCCACAUCAAUAACAACAGCAGUGGGCAAAGGGUCAAAACCCCCAAAACGGCGACAAAUGGAGGCCAACGUUGCGACUCGAACCAAAGUGCUAGCUCCCAGCGUGAAUCGCCAGCAGCUGCCGGCUCUCUAAGACGCACCCCCACCUCCGGAGGGUCCACCACCGCCGCCCAACAGCUCAACGGCAGCCCCGGCCUGCCCUCCUCCACCCCCGGUCGCAGUAAUUCCAAAGAGUCCGCCUCGAUGCACAGCCCCAGUGCAGCGGCAGCUGCAGCAGCUGCAGUGGCGACCGCCAGCUCAAAUCGCCUCCAGGAGGCGGCUCUAGCCGCUGCCAAGGAGGCCAGCUAUGUGAAGGCUCUGCAUGCGGCGAGUCAGCAAGGAUCCGCCUCGGCGGCGGUGGCAGCUGCAUCCUAUUAUCCGCCAGGCUAUGGCAGUCCCUAUUCCAUGGACUUGAUGGCCGCCAGCUCAUUGAUGUCACCCCAUCACCCCAUGUUCAAGGCCUCGGCCAUGAAUCCCUAUCUGAACUACGCCCGGAUGAAGGGCCUCACGGAUCCGUCGAUGAUGGCAGCCACGCCAAACGUGUGCCGAGAUCCCUACUGCACCGGAUGCCCAGCCAGUCCCCACUACAUCAACAAGGCAGCGGGCCAACCCUGCCCGGCUGGAUGCCCGCAGUGUGAAGUGGCAGCCGGUGGAGGGGGUGGACCAGGAGGAAGCGGGAAGUCAAGUGGAUCGCAGGGCUCUGGAUCGUCAAGUGCGGCAGCAGCAGCGGCCUCCUACCACGCCCAACUGGCCGCCCUGGCCGCCGCCUCCCAGAUGCCGUACGUCUGCUCCUGGAUCGGCAGCGAUGCCGCCUACUGCGGCAAACGGUUCGGCACCUCCGACGAUCUGUUCCAGCACCUGCGCACUCACACGGCCUCCGUGCCGGAUGCGGUGCUGAGCGCGGCGGCCGCUGGCGGUAUUCCGCCCAACCACCCAUUGUUCCAGCGUACGUACCCCACCCCGCCGCUGAGCCCCCUGUCGGCCGCCCGCUACCAUCCGUACGGCAAGCCAUCGAUGCUGCCGCCGUCCCUAGCGCCGCCUGGUAUGCCCGGCCUGCCACACCCGGCUCUGGCCCAGUACUUUGCGCCGUACUCGUUAUACGGGCCCCGGAUGGGCUCGUCGCACCCGUAGUCCGAUGAGCCGAGGCGAUCGGCUUUCAGUCAAACCAAUCAUUUCUCUUGAGGAGUCCCCGGCAUGUCGGCGUGUCCCUCGGCUCGCGGCGGCGGCAAUGACUCACUCGUGAAACGAAAAGCUAGUGAUCUAAUGUACUGUAGUUACAUACAAAUGUGUUUACAAUUAGGCUAAGAAUCUAGCGUCUAGCUAUUAAAUGUCGAACAGUCUGUAGUCGAUGUGGUACAGUGCAGCCCAUCAAUAUAUAUCAACAUCGCUCGUCCCUGUGUGUGUGUAUGUUUUAUUAUGCGGUUGCUACUAAAUGCAUAUGGUAAUUUUAACAAUAUUAUUUAUUAUAGCGGUUCAAGUGAAGCGAUUUAUGAAUUAACGAAAUGAAAAGAUUGUCCAAAAACUUAAAGUUGUAAAAUUC